AUGCCUUCAGUCAAUACUUUCAUCACUGCCCUUGUGGCUGGUCUUGCUAUCGGAGCUCAAGCUGGUCCUUGCAGACCUCAUCCUCCUUCAAGCUCCAUUGUUCAGUCCCAAGUGACAACUACGGCAUAUGCUCAGUCCAGUACCGAGACCUCAGCCGCAUACUCGGAUGUUGUGAGGAAGUCCGAGACAGAGGCUUCUAUUUCCACUACCGCUGUGGAAGUCACCAGCUCCGAAAAGGCUGAGACCACGCCUAUCACCACUGACGAGGAGGCUACUACAACUGGCUCCCCUGCUACCGAGUCCACUUCCAUCGCUUCCGAUUCUCUCACCACCGAAACUACCAUCGAAUCCUCUCAGGAGACUACAUCCUCUGUACCCACCACCACCCAAGAGCCUGGUACUACUCUCCACACCACUACUUCGGUUCCCUCAACUUCCUCAGACGCCGAAGCUGCUCCCACAACCACAUCCUCUGAACCUACCACCACAUCCGCGUCUGCUAUCUCUGGUUGUCCUGCCAGGUCUAGCCUUACCUGCGGCUUGACAGGUCAGCUCAGCACUAGCAGUGACAACCUCAUCGAUAUGCUUGGAGGCUUAGAUCUCGAGGAAUGCAAGGCUGCUUGUUCAGAUGACGAGGACUGCAAGGCCAUGGGUAUCACUGGUGCUGGCCAGUGCGAGCUCUAUGAUGAUAGCAUCUCGGCCUUGGGUUUCGAAGCUGAGGAUAACUGGUUCUCCGUUUACGAUGCUUGCUGUUUUGAGGAGGAAGGCCAGUAA